CCGCUCGUCUUUGCGCAGUCUCCGUAUGAACGCUGUGACACUGAACUCCGCAGCUGUAAUACAGCCCGUCCACCUUGGUGUAAAGAUUCUGAAACGAAAUGUCUCCUUUUCUCAGGUUCGAUGGAAAAGUUGUCCUGGUCACAGGGGCUGGUGGAGGACUGGGAAAAGAAUAUGCAUUGGCUUUUGCAGAAAGAGGGGCCUCUGUUGUUGUAAAUGACCUUGGGGGUGAUAUUAAAGGAGAGGGCAAAAGUUCAUCGGCUGCUGACAAAGUUGUUGAAGAAAUAAAAGCUAAAGGAGGCAAAGCUGUGGCAAAUUAUGAUUCUGUGGAGAAUGGAGACAAACUGGUUCAGACGGCACUUGAUGCAUUUGGGAGAAUUGAUAUUGUAAUUAACAAUGCAGGGAUUCUGCGAGACCGUUCUUUUGCUAGAACAAGUGACUUAGAUUGGGAUUUAAUUCACAGAGUACAUCUGAGAGGAUCUUUCAUGGUGACACGAGCUGCAUGGAAUCAUAUGAAAAGCCAGAGGUUUGGAAGAAUUAUUAUGACAUCAUCUGCUGCCGGGAUAUAUGGCAACUUUGGUCAAGCAAACUACAGUGCAGCAAAAUUAGGGCUUUUAGGCCUUUCUAACACAUUGGCCAUUGAAGGAAACAAGUACAACAUCCACUGCAACACUAUCGCACCGACUGCAGGAUCCAGACUGACACAGACUGUCAUGCCCCCAGAUCUGUUGGAGUCCCUUAAAGCAGAGUACGUAGCUCCUCUUGUUCUGUGGUUGUGCCAUGAGAGCUGUGAGGAAAAUGGUAGCCUGUUUGAGGCGGGUGCAGGCUGGAUUGGUAAAUUGCGCUGGGAGAGAACACAGGGUGCCAUUGUGAGGCACAAGAACCAGGAAAUGACUCCUGAGGCAGUGCGAGAUAAUUGGGAGACAGUCUGUGAUUUCAGAAAUGCAAACAAACCCCAAAAUAUCCAAGAGUCAAUAACUACUCUGGUUGAUGUGCUUUCGAGAGUCGACACUGAAAACCUUUCAGCUAAUCCUACUAGCGCCAUGGCAUCCACCAGCACCACAGGCAUUGAUCCAGCCCAGGCAGUCGGUCAGAAAUUGCCUGAGAUGGUCUUUACCUAUUCACAAACUCAGUGUAUUCUGUAUGCCCUUGGAGUUGGCAUGUCAACCAAAGACCCAGAUCACAUGAAGUUUCUUUUUGAAGGGCAUGAAGAAUUUAGCUGCUUGCCUACUUUUGGAGUCAUUCCAUCCCAGGCCUCCAUGAUGGAUGGUGGGCUAGCUGCUGUCCCUGGAUUCAAUUUUGAUUUUACCAAGCUUUUGCAUGGGGAGCAAUACCUGGAGCUGUAUAAGCCGUUACCAACUUCAGGCAAACUGACAUCACAAGCUACGAUUGCAGAUGUGCUUGAUAAGGGCUCUGGAGCUGUCAUACUCUUAGAUGUACACACAUACGAUGAGAAGGACCUGCUGUGCUACAAUCAGUUCUCCUUGUUUAUAGUGGGAGCUGGAGGAUUUGGAGGAAAGAGGACAUCAGAAAAAGCAAAGGGUACAGUAAAUCCACCAAACAGACCGCCAGAUGCUGUGAUGACUGAUGAGACAAGCAGGGAUCAGGCUGCUUUAUAUCGGCUCAGCGGGGAUUGGAACCCCCUGCACAUUGAUCCCAGUUUCGCAGCUAUGGGAGGCUUCAAAAAGCCUAUAUUGCAUGGGCUGUGUUCCUUUGGAUUUGCUGCUAGACAUGUUUUGAAGCAAUAUGCAGACAAUGAUGUACUGCAAUUCAAGGCAAUUAAGGUACGCUUUGUAAAACCAGUCAUUCCAGGACAAUCACUACAGACUGAAAUGUGGAAAGAAGGAAACAGAGUCCACAUUCAAACAAAAAUUAAAGAGACUGGAGAUGUUGUUUUAGCAGGAGCAUAUGUUGAUCUGAAGGGCACUCUGGAUAAAACUGCAGCUAAAGAACCAUCUGUGCAGGCUGGGGGUCUCCAGAGUGACCUUGUCUUUGCAGAGAUUGGCCGCCGCAUUAAAGAUGUUGGUAAAGAUUUGGUAAAGACAGUGAAUGCUGUCUUUCAAUGGGAAAUCACUAAAGAUGGGAAUAAUGCAGCACAGUGGACUAUCGAUCUGAAGAAUGGGUCAGGGUUGCUGUAUAAGGGAGCCCCUCAAGCUAAAGCUGAUGUGACCUUUAGCCUCUCGGAUGAAGAUUUCAUGGAAGUUGUUCUGGGCAAGCUCAAUCCACAGAAGGCAUUCUUUGCAGGAAAGUUGAAAGUGAAAGGUAAUAUAAUGCUGAGCCAAAAACUGGAGACCAUCCUGAAAGACUAUGCAAAACUGUGAGACUACACUGUGACCACUGCUUACGGAUGCUAGCAAAAAACGCUCAUGCCUUUGUUUUCUUGAGUGAAACAAGUCAAAUGGGUUUGUGUUAAAUACUUGUUAAUUUCACCUGUAACCAACCAGGAUGAUCAACUUGACUAACAGUUUCAGAAAGGACAGCAUCAUUUUCUUUUUGUUAUUGUAAACCUUUAAUUGAAAAUGUCAUAAAGUAAAUAAAGAGAAAAUAAAGUCCCUCAUAAAGAUUUAGAUCUUUUGGGCUGCAAACAUAACCUGCAAUUGUGAGUGAAUCUGAAGAUUGAAUAUAUUAAUAAUUUCAGACCUCUAUACAAUAUAGAUGUUGCUUGUAGUCCAAUUUACAUUAUAUAGUUGGACAAUUUUGUGUUUUGUUGUUGCCGUAAUGAACAUGGAAUACAAUUAAUGGCAGCCAAUUUGCACCAACAUGGAGAAAUAAUUAAAACCCCAACAUCUUUCUUUGAAUUCCAGUUUCCUCAUUACAUUCUGUGGAGUGGAGCAUCCACAAAACAAAAAUGCUGUUAUGUUUUACAAAGCAUUAACGAGCAAGUAGCAGGUUCCAAAAAAUAUAGCGUUGCACGUCCCCACGUGUGCUACAACUGUUUCAAUAACGUACCUGUAUUUUUUUCUUUUCAUUGUUAACAUCCUUACAACUUUUUACACAUAAACCUCUUAAAGUCUGUUUCAAAGCUCUUUUCAAAAUGGCCGCUAUAGUGCACUGAUCAUGUAAGGAUUAUUGCCCACAUCGUCAAACAGGUAACACAGCAAUAACGAUCCAUUAUGUGUUAUGGAAAAGAAAAGCCAGAGCACUUGUUAUGUUUUUAUUUUAUUUUUCUUUGUUGCUUUUCCUGUAGUGAUUUAGAGCAGCGGUUCCCAAACCUGGUCCUGGGGACCCCCUGUGUCUGCUGGUUUUCAGGUCAUAAACAGUUGCAGAGUUCAAAUUACUUAUAAAAUGGUAUAGCUAACUUGAAAUCUGCAACUGUUUUAAUAGCUGAAAACAAUUAAGGUCUAAUUAAGCAAAUGAUCAGUUUAAUUAAGGGUCUAGUUAAGUAAUUGAGAGCUCAUUUGGAAUGAAAACCAGCAGACACAGGGGGUCCCUAGAACCAGGGUUGGGAACCAGUGAUUUAGAGGACAGAUCUCAAACCCCAGUGCACUAGAGCAGCCAUUUUGAAAAUAGCUUUGAAACAGACUUUAAAGCUAUAAUGUUGUGUAAAAAAUACAUAUCUUACUGUAACUAACUUUAUAUUGUCUAAUGUUUGAAAAGUUGAAUGGAAUUGAUAACAAAAUUGUGACAAGAAUAAAUCUACUUAAAAUCA